AAUAUUCAUUUUUAAAAAAGCCAGUUCUUUUUUCUGUUCAUUUAGGGCAGAAAUAAGUUGAAAUCUAUGUCAUUUUAAAAUUCCAUCAGAGGACAGAUUUACUAAAGCCACAUGCAAUUACAGUCGGACACCGUGUAUAAUUAUUUUUUGAUUAUUUUGGAAUGCAUUAACUACAUUUACUUGUGAUGAACCAGUAAAGUAUGGCUGUCUCACAGCCUAUUCAACUGCCUACAUAAACAUCAUUUUAGUAUUUAUUGUUUAAAUUAUCAUAAGACAAGUGAAUGGGGAAACAUCAAAUUCUCCAAAACUGUUCACAACGCUUAUUUGAAAUCACCAAUAAAAUCUGACAACUGUCUCAUAAGUGUAGUUUCUGUGUGUAAUUUAGCAGUUUUAAUCCCACACUGCAGUAUCUGACGAUAUGAUCUUGUGUUAGAGCUAGAUGCUUAGCCACCGGCAGCUAUUCCCGGGCCUCACAUUAACGUGUUUUGGACCAUUACGGAAACACAGCGUUUGCGGUGACCAGCUGUCUCGUGCAUCAGUAGCAGUGAGAGAUUUAUGAAGACAGCAGCAAACCGAUGUCCACUGAUAACACUUCUGUUAAACGCACUUCUGUCCAUCAACGGAUGAACACCGACUUUGAAAAGUAUCCUUUACCACGGUAUUGCAAGAGGUGGAGCAACGAUGACCUUCAAAGGCAUGCGUUGGCUAAGAGCCGCCGCAUGGCUAUGCGGAGACCAGCCUACAUGUUUAACGCCCGUUACAAUAGUCUUUCGCCAACUGAAGAGCGUUUCCUUGAGGCGGCAGAGUAUGGAAAUAUCCCUGUCAUCCGUAGGAUGCUAGAAGAACUCCUUGAGCUUAAUGUCAACUGUGUGGACUACAUGGGCCAGAAUGCAUUGCAGCUUGCGGUUGCCAAUGAGCACCUGGAAGUGACGGAACUCUUGCUGAGGAAAGAGAACCUGGCCAGGAUUGGUGACGCUCUGCUUUUAGCCAUAAGUAAAGGCUACAUUCGUAUUGUGGAGGCCAUUUUGGGCCACCAAGCCUUUGCGGACACAUCUAAACUCACUAGCAGCCCCCUCAAGGCAGAGACGCAAGACGACUUCUUCGCCUAUGACGAGGAUGGCACUCGGUUUUCCCAUGAUAUUACACCCAUUAUACUAGCUUCUCAUUGCCAUGAAUACGAGAUCGUGCACAUUCUGCUAAGGAAGGGCGCCCGCAUUGCACGCCCACAUGACUACUUUUGCAAAUGCAACAGCUGCCUCUAUCACCAGAGGCACGACUCCUUUAGCCAUUCGCGUUCAAGAAUCAAUGCCUACAAAGGGCUGGCAAGCCCUGCCUACCUAUCCCUAUCCAGCGAGGACCCGGUACUGACGGCUCUAGAGCUCAGCAAUGAACUUGCUGUACUGGCCAACAUAGAAAAAGAGUUCAAGAACGAUUAUAAGAAGCUGUCUAUGCAAUGUAAGGAUUUUGUAGUUGGACUUCUGGAUCUGUGUCGGAAUACAGAGGAGGUGGAAGCCAUUUUAAACGGAGACACAGAGGCAAGUGGCCACUAUGACAAGGGAGGCAGACCUAAUCUAGUUCGAUUAAAACUGGCCAUCAAAUACGAGCUGAAAAAGUUUGUAGCCCAUCCAAACUGCCAACAGCAGCUUUUGUCCAUAUGGUAUGAGAAUCUGUCAGGGCUCAGGCAGCAAACCACAGCGGUCAAGUUGCUGGUGGUUCUGGGGGUGGUGGUUGGACUUCCCAUCCUGGCCUUACUGUACUGGAUAGCACCCUCAAGCAAGUUGGGGAAGAUCAUUCGUGGUCCUUUCUUAAAAUUUGUGGCACACGCAGCUUCUUUCACAAUCUUUCUUGGCCUUCUCAUUAUGAAUGCUGCUGACCGUUUCGAAGGGACGUCUCUCUUACCAAAUAUGACCAUCCACGACCACCCCUCCCAAUUGUUCCGCAUGAAGACCACCCCUUUUACCUGGAUGGAAAUGCUGAUCAUUUCCUGGGUUGUAGGAAUGAUUUGGGCUGAAUGUAAAGAGAUAUGGUCUCAGGGUCCUCGGGAAUAUCUGCUGGAGCCUUGGAAUUUGCUGGACUUUGGAAUGCUGGCCAUUUUUGUGACUUCAUUUAUUGCUAGGUUUAUGGCGUUUUGGCAUGCAAAUGUUGCACAGAGUUACGUCGACAAGCACUACACAGAUCUAUCAAACAUUACCUUGCCCCUUGAGAUAGAAUACUAUCGUCUUGCUCGUGUCCACUGGGUUCCUUCAGACCCUCAGCUGAUCUCCGAGGGCCUUUAUGCCAUCGCAGUGGUUCUGAGCUUCUCUCGGAUUGCGUACAUCCUGCCGGCGAAUGAGAGCUUUGGGCCCUUGCAGAUCUCUCUGGGCAGGACUGUGAAAGACAUAUUUAAAUUCAUGGUGAUCUUCAUAAUGGUGUUUGUGGCCUUCAUGAUUGGAAUGUUUAACCUCUACUCAUACUAUCGUGGAGCGAAGCAGAACGGUGCCUUCACAACUGUUGAGGAAAGCUUUAAAACUUUAUUCUGGGCUAUUUUUGGACUUUCUGAGGUCAAGUCUGUCGUCAUCAACAACGGGCACAAAUUCAUUGAGAAUAUUGGCUAUGUACUUUACGGAGUCUACAACGUUACCAUGGUUAUCGUCUUACUCAACAUGCUCAUCGCCAUGAUCAACAACUCAUUUCAGGAAAUUGAGGACGAUGCAGAUGUGGAGUGGAAGUUUGCCAGGGCUAAGCUGUGGUUUUCGUACUUUGAGGAAGGAGGGACGCUACCUGUGCCAUUUAACCUCAUCCCCAGCCCAAAAUCAGUCAUCAGCCUGGCUACGAAACUCAAACAGCUCCUGCUAAUACCUCUUCACAGACACAAAGAGGACCUGAAGGAGGACACAGAGCUCAAUGAGUCGGGUAAGCAAAAAGAGUCCAGUGAGAAGAAUUCACCUCAUACAAGUCGUUACCAGAGGAUCAUGAAACGGCUAAUCAAACGAUAUGUGAUCAAAGCACAGACUGACAAAGAAGGAGAUGAAGUAAAUGAAGGGGAACUAAAGGAGAUAAAGCAGGACAUCUCAAGUUUACGCUAUGAGCUCCUAGAGGAGAAAUCCCGUCAAACGGAGGAGCUAGCAGAACUGGUCAGGAGACUGGGAGAGAGACUAGCCAGUCAACAGAACCUGUAGUUAUUACCACUCUUAAAGGAUAAAAAUGUACUAGUCUGGGUUGCGUUUCCCAAAAGCAUCGUAAGCUUAAGUACAUUGUACACCCAUUGAAACCAAUGGAGCUACGAUCAACUUAGGCUUACGAUGCUUUUGGGAAACGUAGCCCUGAGCAGUUAUUCAACUGGCCCAAGAACAUUUUUGACAGGGAGAGUCAGUUUUGAGGAUUCCUCUAUUAUAUCACUCUUUCCUCAACAUUAGGUCAUUUUUGCUUGUUUUAUAAGCAAAGUUUCCUCCGGAGAGCACUAAUUCUGCAAAAAAAGAAGCUGAAGUAAAAAUAAGAUUUCAGAAUUUAUUUAUUUUUUGAUGGAGAGUCACGUUUUUGGUACCGACAAUGCUAAUAAUUCUGCUGUUUGCCGUUGUGUUGCCAUGCUGUCAUAUUCUAAAUAUGCUAUGUUACAAGCACAAAACACGGUAAUGACACAACACGGAGAGAAAGAUGUUUUUUGAUUGAAUUUUAUUUGAUUUCACUGAUCCUGAACAUAGUGGAGACCACACAGAUCACAGGCUGAGACCUAAUGUCACUGUAAGUGUGUAGUUGCUACAUUUUGCAUGGUGUUACUGAUGUUAAUGAAUUUGGAGAUCUAUCAUAUAUUAACAUGUUAUGAUUGUUGUUUGAGAAUCAUGGUCCACUACAGAUGUUUUAUUAACCAUAAUUAUUAAUUAUUCAUUGUGUGAAGUCUGACAGUUAAAAGGUGUCAGUGUUACAACAUUCAAUGGUAUAUUUCAAAAAAAAUAAAAUAAUAAAAAGUAAAAAUAAAUGUUUCUUUAACACAAGUGGAAAGUUGUACUUUUUA